UCCUGUUGAUUACAUCUGUUUGUUUUCCAGUAAAAGCUCGCACAUUGUGGUUCUGAGAUUUAUUUUGGGUGUAUCAAAAGAAUGUAAAAUUUAGCAAGUGAAAUGUAAUAGACUAUGUUCGAUUUUGUUAAUGUUGAGCCUAAUUCUGUUAAAACAUUGAAUUUAUCAUGAUCCUGUUGUUCAUUGUUCCGCUCAUUUCUGCUUAAUAACAAAAUAUGCUUCUUAUACGGCGCCAGUGAGUUGGCAAUAGGACUAUAGAAUCAUUGUUCCACAGCUGCGUUUAUCCUAGUAUAAUGUCACCUUCUUUGGCAGUCCCUUUCAUUGAUACCGAGCUACAUUUAUGGCUCAUAAUCCGCAAUUACUAAGCUAUUAUCUCGGAGCACUAAGCGAAAUGGAAAUUACUCCGGGGACCCUCACAUUGGAGAAGAAGAGAAAGCUUGAUGAUUCCGAUCUAUACCUCGAUCUAUCCAGUGAUGUCAAAGAGAUUAUUUUGGCCCUGAAGCAUGCCAGCAAAAACAGCACAGGAGUAGUAGAACAAGGAGACUGUAUCGAGGUCUACUUGAGGGAACAACAUCAUGUGGAUGAGCUUUUGAGUCUUCUCAAUUAUAAGGAAUAUUCUGCACUGCAAUUUCACAGCAUUAAAGUCGUCAGUAUAAUUUGUCGGUCUACAGACUUCGUGGCUUUUAUGAAAUCUACCAACUGCAUCAGUCUACAAGGAUACAGGACUUUUAUCACAGAUAUUCCCAGCAAAAUCUUCAAUAAUCUGACUAAGAAACUUGCUGGAAUCAUUCAGGAGGCAUGGGAUGUUGCAUACUUAAAAGAGUAAAUCUAUCUGAUAAAUGGUUCCAUGCAGUGCGUUUUUUCUCAAGAACAAGAAGAUCCAGUGCUAUUCAGAAGUGGGAGCAUGAUGCACUCAAUAAUAUGACAUUGCAUGGAGUUUGUAGUUCUUGAAGUGUUCCAAGGAACUACAAAGUUAUCCAGCCUACAGACAUGUAUCCAUGACAUCGUCUGGUCUGAGCCAAACUAAGAAGAACAAGAGCAAACGUUUCCUCAGAGUGAUUCACCUCCUGGAUUCACCUAUUGAUCUUUGUUUGAUCGAAGAGUAUGUCAAGAAGACAAAAACGUCAUUUGUAGUGAUGCAAACUGGCCAUCCACCUUCAAUCUCAAUCAGGAAUCUGAGACAGCAGUUGCUUAUUGCUAUCUUCCAAGCAUGAAUGGGUUCCACUGUUCCAGAAGUCUCUCUGGCGCCUGACUCAACUGGAGAAACUAUAAACCAUUGGACCGGACCCGAGAGCUGGCUUGUGGCUUCUUCUGUGAUGCAACAUCGCUUUCAACGUGACCCACCAAUAACUAGAAGCAACACCUCUCCUCUCUUUACAGCUCAGAGAGGAACAAAGCAGAUUGCAACUGCAACACAUCGAGGAGUCGGUCUCAGGGAUUUUAUUGAUCAUGGGAGGAUUUCAGAUCAUUACAAACACAAAUAAAUCUUUUUUGUAACUGAGAGCAAUGGAUCAGUACCAGAAGUAGACAAGGUCAGACCCACAUGUAUGAGGAUCAGAUCACCAACAUAUGAAGCUGCAACAUAUUACAUUUUA